CUCUCUGGUCUGGCUUACUCAAAUACUCACUGUGCAAAAGACAACGGUUUACGCGCGCUUUGCUCAUAAAGCUAAACGAAACUCCUGAGAGUUUUAAAGAGACGCGUGUAGUACAGUUUCCAGAGGGACACAGAGAAAAAAAUACUGAACUAAUUUUAAACGUUACAGAUUCUCAGAGCAAGUAGAGACCAGAGAGAGAAAAAAAAACCCAAAGUUCAUCUCUCAAGGAGAUUUUUAGUGGUGAUAUGUGAAAGUUGAAGAGACCCACUAAGAUUUUGAGGGUUUUUGGAAAGAUUUACAAACAUCUUCUUCUUCUGCUACUACUAGUUGUAGUGAGGGAGAGAAAUAGAGAUGGGUUUAGAUGGUGUGAAAGAGAGGUUGUUGAACUUGGAAGAAAUGUUCCCUAAUUUGGAAGAAGGUCCUGCUACUACUACUACUGCUUAUGUGCAUGAGGGGUUGUCCCAUACAAACAACCAAUAUGAGAAGGAUGAGCUAUAUACUGAACUCUGGCAUGCUUGUGCUGGUCCUCUUGUUAACAUUCCCCAUGUUGGUGACAGGGUUUUCUACCUUCCUCAAGGUCACUUGGAACAGGUUGAAGCAUACACCAAUCAAGAAUUUGAUUUACAAUUGCCAAAGCACAAUUUGCCUUCACAAAUUCUCUGCCGGGUUGUAUAUGUGCAGUUAAAGGCUGAAUUAGAAACCGAUGAGGUGUUUGCGCAAGUGACUUUGCUUCCUGAGACGAAGGAAGAGAUGUCUGGUAUUGAGGAGGAAACUUCUAGAUCUUCUAUUGGGAGCCAUUCACGUUCUUUUAGCAAGAUUCUCACCGCUUCUGAUACGAGUACUCAUGGUGGCUUUUCUGUUCUAAAGCGGCAUGCUGAUGAAUGCCUUCCUCCACUGGACAUGUCUCAACAGCUGCCGUCGCAAGAACUAGUGGCUAGGGAUUUGCAUGGGGCAGAGUGGCACUUUCGCCAUGUUUACCGUGGUCAUCCGAAGCGGCAUUUGUUUACCACUGGUUGGAGUAAUUAUGUGAGCUCGAAGAAGCUUGUUACUGGAGAUACUUUUGUCUUCCUUAGGGGUGAAAAUGGAGAACUUCGUGUUGGUGUUCGCCGUGCAAUGGAGACACAACAGAAUGCUUCUUCGUCUGUUAUAUCUUGUCGCAGCAUGCAACUUGGUGUACUUGCCACUGCAUCUCAUGCUAUAUCUACUGGGACCAUGUUUAGUGUAUAUUACUGUCCUAGGAUGAGUCCGUCCGAGUUCCUAAUUCCGUACAAUGAAUACAUGAGCUCAGUUAAGAACAAAUACUCCAUUGGACUGAGGUUCAGAAUGAAGUUUGAGGGAGAAGAAUGCCCAAAACAAAGAAUUGUGGGUACAAUUGUUGGAAUUGACGAUGUUGAUCCAAUUAGGUGGCCGAGAUCGAAAUGGAGAUGUCUCACUGUUACAUGGGAUGAACCUUGUUUAACAGCUGUUCGUCCUCAAAGAGUUUCUCCCUGGACAAUUGAACUAUCUGACAAUGCAAGGACCAAUUCGCUUCCAGUACAGUUGAAAAUGACAAGAAGGGUCCGAACCCAGCACUCCUCAUCUGCUGAUUCAUCUAUCCUGGAUGAUGGUUCUUCAAAGAAUACAUUCGAUCAACCACCACCACAAAAGAGACACUCAGGGGUUUUGCAAGGUCAAGAAAGUGCUAUAAGCGCUAUCGAGUUGGGCACUAUACGCCAACCACCACAAGCACCUUCCCUUAUCCCAAACCUAGAAUGGGGUCAGGCACCAAAGAAAUUUGAAUCUGGAAAUCACCUCAACAUUCAGUUCUCUCCAGAUUUGUGCUGCACAAUACCCAUUUCCAGUUUGAUGCCUAAUGAUUUUGGACUCAACAACUGCAUCCCCCUUUCAUCUACUUAUGAUACACGUGGUAGCACCGGCUUAAGCCUUAGCAACUGGUCCGUUCUAAAUGAGAAGCACAAUAAACCUGAAUCCAAAGAAAUGAAUGUAGUAACCAAGUCAAAUUCCGAUGGCAAGUGCAUGCUUUUUGGUGUUGAUUUGGUUAAGCUUCCAACUGAGUCUGCUUCACUGCAUGUCAUUUCUCCACCAGAGUUUGUCAAUUCUGAACAACAUUCUGGGCCAUCCAAGAUGAUGAAGCGAUGUGAUUCUAGCAAUUCUGACGGUGAUUCGGAGAAAUUGCUUCAAAACUGUCCUGUUACAACUCGAAGUUGCACUAAGGUCCUGAAGUAUGGUACUGCUCUUGGAAGAUCUGUGGAUCUCAUGAAACUUGGAGGGUAUGAUGAACUCAUAGAUGAGCUUGAUCGGAUGUUCGAUUUCAAUGGAGCACUGAUCGAGCGAAGUAAUGGUUGGAAUGUCAUAUAUGUUGAUGACGAAGGGGAUACUAUGCAGAUUGGGGAUUACCCAUGGCAGGAAUUUCAAUUGAUGGCACGAAAGUUGUUGAUAUGCCCAAAGGAAGACAUGGAUUGUUCAUUGAAUCCGUUGCCCAUUCCGUAAAUAUUUUCCUUACGAAAAAGCUGUUUCGUACAUAGGUGGGUGGGUAUAUAUACCAAUGCAUUCAGGAUUGUGUUUCAGGCAAAAUUCAAUAGUAGAUUUGCUAAGGGGAAUGUAGUGAUCCAAGCAGAAGCUGUUGUAGUUUCUGUUUAGCCUUGGGGAAGUAAAAAUACAUUCGUCUGUUAGUCUCUUUAUUUUGCUUAAUAUCAUCCUAACUGUGAUCUUGAAUACUUGGAGAAUAUCUUCAAAAUACAGGAAUACAUAGGCAAUUCUCACU